AUGACGUCAGCUCCUAGGUCGCCGAGCAGUGAAACAAACAUGGCGACAGAAUGGAGCGGGCAGCAGGGUUACAUUCUCACUGUCAUUAUCUGCCUGUGGAGCGCGGUCGGGGGUCGAACGGAGGCGGCGGCGCAGGCUGCCGCGGCAGCGGCGGCGGGGACCGGCGGCAGGAGCAGCGGCAGCAGCAGCAGCAGCAGCAGUGGCGGGAGCCAGGUGCUUGGCAUGCGGCUGGAGAGGAGCGACAAGCCCGCCGGCACCAAUGACGAUGGUGUCACCCAGGUGACUGAGCAGAGCUCCGUGGUGCUCCGGUUCUACGGGCUUCAGCUCCACUCGGGCACCUGGACGCACAUUCGCUUCACGGAGCUCAUGGACGGUGGAGGAGGAGGAGGAGGAGGAGGUGGAGGAGGUGUGGAUGAAGAGACGGGUGAGGAGGAGGAAGCGGCGGCAAAGAACGGCAGCGGCUUGAUGGACGCGCCGGACAGGACUUGUGCCGAUUUCACGAAGGACGUCAGUGUCGGGACCUUCAUGAAUGUCAGUAGUCGCGGCACGUCGGGUCUGCUGACUGUUUACAUUAAGCCGCUCCGCAAGAGCGAGCCUCAGAAGGAGUAUGCCGUGUGCACGCUGAGCGCGGAUGGGAGCAGGUGGCAGCAGCUGGGGGACAGUGAUGGGAGGCUGCUGGUUGUGGAGGAGAAGAAGUCCUUGCUGCCCGUGUGGUUCCAAGUCAUCCUCGUCUCCCUCCUCUUGGUGCAUUCUGGGAUGUUCAGCGGCUUAAAUCUGGGGCUGAUGGCGCUGGACCCCAUGGAGCUGCGCAUCGUCCAGAGAUGUGGCACCGACAAGGAGAAGAAAUACGCACGGAAGAUUGAACCGAUCCGCAGCAAAGGGAACUAUCUCCUCUGCUCGCUUCUUCUGGGCAACGUCCUGGUGAACACGACCCUCACCAUCCUCCUGGAUGGUCUGAUCGGGUCAGGUCUGGGAGCAGUGGUGGCCUCCACCAUUGGAAUUGUCAUCUUUGGGGAGAUCGUUCCUCAGGCACUGUGCUCCCGCCAUGGCCUCGCUGUAGGUGCCAACACCAUCGUGGUGACCAAGUUCUUCAUGCUCCUCACCCUCCCACUGUCCUACCCCAUCAGUCGGCUGCUGGACGUGAUGCUGGGUCAGGAGAUAGGCACUGUGUAUAACAGAGAGAAGCUGGUGGAGAUGCUCAAAGUGACGGAACCCUACAAUGACCUGGACAAAGAGGAGAUGAACAUGAUCCAGGGAGCUCUGGAGCUCAGGACCAAAACUGUGGAGGACGUGAUGACGCCACUGGGGAACUGCUUCAUGAUCAAGGCGGAUGCUGUGCUGGAUUUCAACACCAUGACGGAGAUCAUGGAGAGUGGAUACACGCGCAUACCUGUGUAUGACGAUGAGAGGUCCAACAUUGUGGACAUCCUGUAUGUGAAGGACCUGGCGUUUGUGGAUCCAGAUGACUGCACCACUCUGAAGACCAUCACCAAGUUCUACAACCACCCCGUGCACUUUGUGUUCCAUGACACCAAGCUGGACGCCAUGUUGGAGGAGUUCAAGAAAGGUAAAUCCCACCUGGCCAUCGUCCAGAAAGUGAACAACGAGGGCGAGGGAGAUCCCUUCUACGAGGUGCUGGGUUUGGUUACCUUGGAGGACGUCAUCGAAGAGAUCAUCAAGUCAGAGAUCCUGGAUGAGUCUGACCUUUACACCGACAACAGGAACAGAAAAAAAGUGGAUCCCAACAAAACCAAACGUGACUUCUCUGCCUUCAAGCAGGACGGCGACAGCAAGGUGAAGAUCUCGCCGCAGCUCAUGUUGGCAGCUCAUCGUUUCCUGGCCACAGAGGUGAGCCUGUUCAGCCCGCUCCAGAUCACAGAAAAAGUCUUACUGAGGAUUCUUCGACACCCGGACGUUAUCCAGGAACUCAAGUUCAAUGAAAACGACAAACGCGCGGCGCAGCACUUCAUCUACCAGAGGGGGAAACCUGUCGACUACUUCAUACUCAUCUUGCAGGGCCGAGUGGAAGUGGAAGCUGGAACUGAAAACAUGAAGUUUGAAACCGGCGCUUUCUCCUACUAUGGAGUCAUGGCUCUGAGUGCACCAUCACUGGCAGUCACCCCUCCGCUCUCCCCAACUGUGGCAUCACCCCCUCCGCGACGCCUCUCUCUUAAGAGGUUUUCUCUGUUCUCUCGUUUCCCAGAGUUCCGUUCUCCGUCACAUGGGGGAAAUCUCAACCGCUCGGCGUCGCUGAGCUGCACUGAGCGCGCUCCUGAAGGCGGUUCAGUGAGCGGGAGCCACACUCAGAUCCCGGGCACUCCCCUCCAGUACAUACCAGACUUCUGCGUGCGAGCGCUCACUGACCUGCAGUUUGUAAAGAUCACUCGUGCUCAGUACCAGAAUGGUGUCCUGGCCUCCAGGCUUGACAGCACGGCGCAGUCUCCAGAAGGCAGCCACACUCAUCUGGACAAGUCUGUCUAUUUUCCCCCCAUCACGCCACCGGGGACACGCACUCCACUGCUGCUGGCCACGCCUCCUGGGAAGCGGCCACCCUCUAACGCUCACCCGACGCCGCCCGGCAGCCGCUCCGCUCAGCCGAAGACUUCCUCCUCUUCCGGCCGCAGGCCGAGCCAUCCUCUGCCCCAAACCGCUCCCUCUCCAAACAGCCACACCCCCCUCUCCCAGAACCCCUCGUCCACCGUGAGUGCGGCACCGUUUGUCCUCAACCCCCACCCCAAUCUGCCCUCCAAGUCCCAGCAGUCACCGGAGAACGGGCUGGGUGAGACCACGGCUCUGCUCAGUGAGCAGCAGAACUGCGUGGGCCCCCGCAAACCCGGCCACACCCAGGCACACCCCCACCCACACACUCAUGCACACACUGAAAGCACCAUCUAACUAAUUUGAAAAUCCCUGGAGGAAAACCACGUAAGAUCCCCGGCACAACUUCCUCCUCCUGUUUGCUUGUCGUCCCCUGAACUUCUUUCUGCAGACGUCGGGGGGUGAAGCUGCGGAUCAGCACAUGGUGUGUAUUUUAUAAACAGAGAUCCUCCUUUAUCCACCUCGUGCAUGCCCCCACCCAUCACCCCACCUCCACUGGAAAAAGAUGAGGAUCAGACGACACAAAAGAGCAAAAGAACAGGGAAUGCUGGUACGGUUGCUAAUUGGUUUGGUUUGGAACAGUACGGUAUGGUUUGGAAUGGUAGUGCCCCGGG